AUGUCACUGCUGGAGGCUAGACUUGGAGGGAGGGUCAACAUUCUUGUCAAACUUUUUGAGCUGAUGUUGGGUAUUGUUGCCUGGGCUGUCCUGGCGACCGUCCAUGGCACGUUCAGCGGUAUGUGGUGGGGACAACAUUACGUCAUGGCAGCCUGCGUGACGUCAUGGCUCAUCACGCUAGUCCUCCUGGUGUUGGCCGGGUCCGGAAAAUUCUCCAACGAUACUCUGAAUCUGGUGUACGGGUUUCUGGCCGCCAUCGCCUAUGUCGCCGCCGCAGUGAUUCAGUGUUGGAACGCCAACCGGAACUACGGACGAGCAUACUCCGUGUAUGAAAGACACAUCAUCUCUGCCUCUUUCACUGUGGGAACCGCCGCUGUGUACUGUGCAGACCUCAUUCUGAUGCUGAAGCUGUGCAAGUGUGUGUGUAUCAUUAGAUCAUAAGGGACAGCCAAGUGUGUGUGUGUGUGUGUGUGUGUGUGUGUGUGUGUGCGUGCGUGCGUGCGUGCGUGUGGUGUGUGUGUGUGCGCGGUGUGUGUGUCAAAAAGACAGAAAGAGACUGAAAAAAUAUAACUGGAAAACUAAAUAGAAUAAAUACAACAAUACACACGUUUCAAAAUGGUGAAUAGAUUACUAAAUCUUGACAAGAAAACAGACGUUUAUGAUAGUCUUUAUUGCACGAGCACAACUUCAACUCACUACUGUGACCGAUACAAGACCAGCUUGUUCAGGCCGUCUUACUCAUACAUUCUAGAUAUAAUCUGUUCUUAUAUGUUGUUAGAAUCACAAAGGUUGUGCUUAUAUAUUUUUUCAAUUCUAACAUUUGAGGAAUUUUUUUGAAGCUGUUCCAAAACGUUUUGUAUGACCACUAGCAAUGGAUGAAUAAAUGAAUUCGAAUGAAUGAAUGAAUGAACUACAUACAUAUGACAGAAUAAUACAGAAAUACGUAGAUAGAUAUCAAUUAAUCCAUUGCUCUGAAGUUUUAACAUCGGAAAAAUGAGAAAAAAUACUCUUGUACCUUAUGGGUAAACGAUUAAAAUACAUUUUACUUCCGGAUACAGAAGUAUGGUUUUUGGGUGGCUGACGUUUGUUUGGGUUUGUUUGUCUGGACAGAGUAGGUUGAAAGCACGUAGGUGGAAAAUCAAAAAGAUUGACAGGCAGAAUGACAGGAGGUCCAAAG